AUGGCUUCAACUGCGACAGCUUCCUUCAAGACGGCACCUCGUACGGAUGGAGUCGUUGAAGCCACGGCACCUGAGGCGGAAGGCAAGCUAUCGACAGAUGUUGGUCAUGUCGGCUACAUUGAGCGCAAGUAUGGCCUAGAAGCACGUCUACAACGCGGUGUGACGUUUGAAGAAUAUCGUCACUGGGCAAAGAUUGAACGGCAGAUGGAGGUUGAUGAGAACCGUCUGUACAAUUCGGAAAGAGGCCCGAGGACUGUGAAAUCGGUCAUCAAAGGUSGCUUCUCCAAGGGCGUUCACCACGAGAAUGCAAAGAAGGCAAACCAGAUCGUGAAUGAGAAAGUCGACCAAAGCUCAGAACAGAGCAGUGAUAUCAUUCCGGAUGCAGCUCCCAACGCAGGAGUGACAGAGACUGAGUGGAGAACUGCUGCUCGAGCGCUUCGGACGGCCAGUUGGGGAACCAUCUUCUAUGUGAUGACAACAGACAUCCUGGGCUUUCAAAGCACACCUUUUGUCUUUUCCUCCGUGGGAUUUGGUCCUGGCGCUGCACUGUACAUCAUUUUCGCCUUGGCAGCUGGUGCCAGCGGCUGGAUGAUCUGGCGAACCUUCCUAGGUCUUGACUCGUCUCGAUAUCCCAUGCUCAGUUAUGGAGAUCCCUUCUUUCGUUUGUAUGGACCGAAUGCUCGGCACUUCAUCAACGUCACACAAUCCAUCCAGAUGUUCUUCAGCGUGGCCGUCUUGCUACUCGGUCAAUCUCAGAUCUUGUAUCAAAUCGCUGAUAACAAGAUCUGCUUCGUCGCUUGUAUGAUUAUCAUCAUGGUCGUUGGCAUGAUAUCUGGUAGUAUUCGCAGUCUGCAGCGGUUGGGCUGGUUGUGCAAUGUGAGCGUCUGGAUCAAUGUCGUCAGCUUCUUCUUGAUUAUCGCCGCCGCAUCCCGGCACGCUCCAGAGUACAGCGUUGUCAACAGCCUGACUUUGAUCAAAACGCAAGGAAACAUCAAGACAUUUGUAGGCCCUCCUCCGAUUGAAUACCAACAGCAAAGCAAAAAUGAAUUUGCUGCCCAAUUUAAUGGUGUCGACUCCAUGGUUUAUUCAUACUCCGGCGCGGUGCUGUUCGUUGCCUUUCUAGCGGAGAUGCGUCAGCCAUUCGACUUCUGGAAAGGCAUGAUUAUUGCCCAGACAUUCAUCUGCGUACUUUACACUGUCUUCGGCGCAGUAGUGUACAACUUCUACGGCCAAUACUCCUACUCUGCCAUCACGCAAGUCUUGCAACCUCACAGUGUUCAAAUUGCGGGCAACGCUCUCAACCUCGUCACUGGGUUCAUCGCCAUCUUCCUCUACUUCAACAUCGGUAUGAAGACCGUAUACCUCGAAGUCGGCCAGGAGAUUCUCGGCCUCCCACCAAUCAUCACGAAAAAAGGCCGUAUACUAUGGUACCUAACGGGUCCUCUAUACUGGAUUCUCGCAUUAGUAGUCGCGGCGUCAGUCCCCAACUUCAAUGGAAUCGCAAAUUUCGUCGGAGGCCUAUUCGGGGUGAAUUUCACGUACUCGCUCCCUGGAAUCAUGUACGCUGGUUACAAGAUCCAGUGUGGCGCGAAACUUGAUGGAGAAGGCUUUGAUCCUGAGACUGGUGUUACUGUUCGGCAUGAUCGAGGGCUUAAGAGAUGGAUUCGAGGAUAUAAGAAGACGAUCGUUCCCUCUACCCUGGUUAUUAUGUUCACUUGUGCUGGAUUGGCGUCCUCGGGAAUGGGCACCUGGGCUGCUAUUGAAGGUCUGAAAGCGACACUUGGGCCUGGUGGACAGAUUGCUACUUCUUGGAGCUGUACUCUUCUUUCAGGAUGA